AUGUCCCAGUUCAAGCUGCCAAAUGUAGCGGCGGACGACGAGUGCUGGGGCCCGCGAUCGGGUCCUAGUGCCGCCUCCGUGCUUCCAAAAGAGUUUCAGCAAAUUCCAUUUGCGCCAUUCUCGAAGAAUGACCGCAUUGGCCGCAUUGCUGACUGGAACUCGUCCGGCACGAAUGCUGAAGAGCGCGGCGGCGCAUCGACAAUGCCUGGCCGCUCUGCACGCAGUGCUCGAAGUGCCGCGGCACCUGCCUACUCGGUUGGUGCUCCCGUGAAUACGUUUGCGUACUUCCACGGCGAGGAUGAGUCCAGCUUCAGUGUCGUGGACCAUGCACGUUCAACGGCGCAGCGACGUCCUGCUGCAGGUCCUGCGGCGCGGAACGGGCGCGGUGCAGCUGCAUCAGGACGUGCGUCGGGCUUUGGACGCAAUGCGUCAUCAGCACCAGGUGCCCGCGGCGGACGUGGCGGCGGCGGCAGCCGUGCUUCUGGCUCAGAUGCACGCGGCCGGCGACCAGGCUGGCGUGAUUGGGAGCGGUCGCAGCGCAAGACACGCGAGGCUUCUAUUACCGUCGGCCCUGACUGGGAGGCGAUGGGUGAUCUGGACUUUGUGCGCAUGUCCAAGCUGCGUAUGGAUGUGGAAGAGCCUGAGGACGUCGGCUCGUACGGCACGCUGUACCAGUACGACCGGUCAUACGAUCGGGUCAGUGUGCGCUUUGAGCGGCAGCUGCAGCCCCGCGAUCGCGUGCAUUACAACCCAACGACGUCCGAGGAUCCAGUGAUUCAAGACAUGGCAGCGAAAGCCAAGCAGCCGCAGGUGUACAUGACGGACUCGAUCCUGGCGCUGCUCAUGUGUGCGCCGCGCUCCGUGUAUCCGUGGGACAUUGUCAUUACCAAGUCGGACGACGGCACCUUGUUCUUCGACAAGCGUGCUAACAGUGCGAUGGACUUCUUGACUGUGAAUGAAAACGCCACUGAGCCGCCGAUCGAGCUGAACGACCCUGCGAACGGCCCAUCACCCGAGUCCAAUGCACGCGCGCGCAUCAACACACCAGGCACGCUGAGUCUGGAAGCGACGUUUGUGAAUGAAAACUUUGGCUUCCAGGUGUGUGACGAAAACAAGACGUACAACUUUGAGCAUGCAAAUCCCUUCCACGCUGCCGACAGCGACGAGGGCAAGCUUGCGAGCUGUGGCUACCGGUACCGGCGCUUCAACCUUGGUACAGAGGAGAACGAUCCCGUCGACAUGGUGGUGCGCACAGAGCUGAACGCGUUCGUUGCUGGUGCGAGCGACAAGAAGCCACCGUCGCAGCUCAUCACGAUCCGCACACUGAACGAAUUUGAUUCGCGUGCGCCUGGCGCUGGUGGCGCGCCAGACUGGCGCUCACGCCUGGACCAGAGCCGUGGAGCUGUUGUUGCGACCGAGAUGAAGAACAACUCAUUCAAGCUCGCUCGCUUCGCGGUGCAGAGUAUCUUGGCCGGUGCCGACAACAUGAAGCUGGGCUAUAUCUCACGCUUAAAUCCUCUCGACCCGUAUCGCCACACAAUCCUUGGUACAUCUUGGUUCAAGCCACGUGAGCUGGCAGCACAGAUGGCGUAUAGCCUGCCGAAUGGGUGGGGCAUUGUGCGCACGAUCAUUGACGUAGUGCGUGCGCAACGGCCUGGCCGCUUCGUCCUUGCAAAGGACCCCAACAAGCAGGUGGUGCGCUUCUUCCGCGUACCAUGGGACUUUGAGCAGCAGGACGAAGACGAGGAGGAGGAGGACGAUGACGACGACGGAGAAGAGGGCCCGGAAGAGGAAUAG